AUGAUUGUAUUGAUUAUUUUACAACUACUUUAUUCUGCAUAAAAUACCAAAGUCAGUCAACCAAAUAUUACAACAUAUUCUGAAAUGAUUCCAUCUGCAAACUUUUCAAAUAAAGUGAGAUAAACAAAACAAUUUGGCUAUACAAAGUAUUUUACAUAAUAAUUAUAGAUAUCCUGGAGUAUUUGCUAUAUCCUUAAAGGAGACUUUUGAUAAUAAUACAGAGUAAUCAGCUGAUUUGAAUGGUUUAGAGAUAGAAGAAAAAUAAUUUGGUACUUUUUCAGGAUGUUAUUCUACAUAAAGAAGCAUUGGCAUUAAUUUUAAUCUCUAGUUAUAAUUAGACUAAUUAAUUACUUAACCUUGGAUGCAUUUCACUGAUUUGGCAACAGCUGAUAAUAAAUUUAAAGCAUAUAUAGUACAAAUCAUCUUGAUUUUAGGUUAGGAAUGAUUAUUCAAUAUUUUAAAUUGAUAUAUCUUCUGGAUUAGGGGAAAUAGUUUUACACCCAAAAAAUCAAUCAUUUAAAGACUUAAUAAAUAAUUAAACAAUGGUUGAUUAAUUCUACAUGCCUCAUCCUUAUUUAAUAGAUGAUGAAGGUUCAAAUAAAAUUUAUGCCAUCACAGAAUUUGGAGGUGUAAGUUUUUCUACAGAUGGAAAUAUAGGAGAUAUAUAAAUGGAAUCUGAAGAUAUUUAAUUAAGAAAGCAGAUAUAUAAUGUUCAUAAAAAUUCAAGAGCUCAAUUAAUUAUUGUUGCAUGUGGAAGUGAAGGUAUUGAUUUAUAUGAUAUCUAAAAUAAUGGUAAAAUUAAACAUAGAAGACAAUUAACACCUGAAUAAUUAGGUAUUGAAGAUGGUAUUAUAAUUGAUGUUGAUUCAAAUGAUGAUGAAACUAAAAUUUAUCUUUUAGAUUCAGAAUCUGGGUUAUAUAUUUUUGAUAUUUCUGAUAUCAAUAAUAUUACUCAAAUGAUGAGUAUUCUUCUCCCUAAUACUAAAUGCUUUGAUCAUUAUUAAAACACAUUCUUUCUUAUUGCAAAAACAAAUACUUAGUUGUAUUAUGCUGUAGAAAUAUUUGUUGAUUUUUAAACUAAGUCUUAUUAUUACAAUAACUUGUAUAUUGAUGAAAUGAUAAUCAAUAAUGUAAAUGUAUUUGAACAUUAUGCUGUUUUAAUUGGAGAUGAUGGACAUAAGAUUAUUUAUCAUUCAAUUUAUAAUAAAUUCAUAAAUCCAGCUGUCAAACAAUAAACUUACUUUUAAGAAGAUAAUCUUCUUAAAAUUAAAGAAUACGAUUUUUCUAAAUUUUACAAUUCCUCUAAUAGAAUUAUGAUUGGAAUUGCAAAAUAUGCAUUUAAAUAUAUUGAAAUAACUUUUGAAGACCCAAAAAUAACUUGUCUAUCUAAUGAAAUUGUUUCAAAAUCCUAUAUUGUAACUUUAAAUUCAACUUAAUGUUAAAAUAAAACUUUACAUGCUGAUAAUUCUCCAUAUUCUCUCUGCCAGUUGACACAUUCCUUUGUAUAUUAAUCUGAAUAUGUAAUCUUUAUUUUUUAUUAAAAUAGAACCCUGGAAAUAAAUCUACAUAUGCUUAAUACACCUUAACAAUGUAUGCACUUGUAGUUGGAUUAAUUUGGUUGGUUAUUGUUAUAUCAUAUUUAUAUAAAAAAUGGGGAUAUAAAUUAGAAUUUCUUAAAUGGAGAAAAUAAAAGCUUAUAGUGACAUAACCAUUUAAUUAGGAAUUAGAAAUGCCAAACUAAAACAAUUGA